UGGAAUGACAAGUGGACUACACGUCUCGAAUGUUCAGAAAGUUAAGCUUACGUAGCAAGAAUCUAAUUGACUAAAAUGAUAAAAAUGAUAGAGUACUGCUGGGGUAGGCUAGCUGCGUUGUUGACACUACCCUAAUCAAGUCGUACCGUUGAGUGUGAAGUUUCUACAAUGCUGCUUAUCGGGAGCUAGCUGGCUAGCUAGCAGUGUUGGUUACGUUACGUUGCGUAGGAGAACGACAAUAGCUGGCUAACUAACCUAGAAAAUCGCUCUAGACUACACAAUUAUCUUUGAAACAAAGACGGCUAUGUAGCUAGCUAUGUAGCUAGCUACGAUCAAACAAAUCACACCGUUGGGACUGUAAUGAAAUGAAGUGAAAAAGUGAUACUACCUGUGGAGCGACGCGGAAUGCGACCGGGAUGCGAAAGUUCUAUUCAGUAGACGUUGGCUGGCUGUUGGCUAGCUAGGAGUGUCUCCUACGUUAAGGACGACAAAAUAGCUGGCUAGCUAACCUCGGUGAAUUAAGAUAAUCACUCUAAGACUACACACUCUAAACUACACAAUUAUCUUGGAUACGAAGACAGCAAAGACAACUAUGUAGCUAUCUAAUGCUACACUAAUCAAGUCGUUCGGUUGAGUGUGAUAGUUACUACAGUGCUACGGUAGCCGGUGAACUUAUGCUAGCUGCUAGGCAGAUAGGAGGGCGACGAAAUACAAUAAUAACGCAAUUAUCACUCUAAGACUCCACACUCUAAGCUACACAAUUAUCUUGGAAACGAAGACAGCAAAGACAACUACACUCACACUCUUACUAUUUCCUCUGCACCACUUCCUCUCUUCCCUUCCUCCUCUCUUCCCUCCCUCCUCUCUCUCUUGUCCCUCAGCCCCGGCCCCGGUUAUGUGUGAGGUGUGCGGGACCUACUUCGAGACACGGCGGGGUCUCUCCAGUCACGCCAGACUCCACCUCCGUCAGCUCGGCGUGGCUGUCUCGGACAACAGCGGAGCUCCCAUAGACUUACUCUACCAGCUGAUUCAGGACAGGGACGGUUCCAUGCACCCACCCAAACCCGUCUACUCUUCACCCAAAAAAACCAAGGGGUCGGGGACACUCAUCUCCCAGAAGGAGUCCUCUCUUGGGGGUAGGGUCAAAGUAGUGACAACCCCACAGAAUAAUAUAUCUAAGGUAGCUCGUAAAGGGACAGUUUUGGCCAAGCCUCGGCAGUCUUCCAUGUCGUCGUUCCUAACAGCAGGCAAGACACCAUCGCCCUCAGGGGGAGCGAGCCUGGCCUCAGCCAAGCCUGCCUGGGCACCGCAGGAGACGGAUGCCCCUCUCACCCUGGCGAUGGACACCAAUGAUGAGGUGCAUGUGUGCCAAUUGUGCGGUGCUUGGUAUGAGUCCCGCAAAGGCCUGGCCAGUCACUGCCGGGCCCACUUGCGCCAGUUCGGCAUCACCGAGAACACCGAGACGAAAGGAGGACCAAUAGAAUUCCUCUACCAGAUUAUGGAAGCAGAAGACCUCCAACCUAUAGCAAGUGAAGGUCUCAACGUCUAUAACCCUUCUAUGUCUUCUAACUCUAACAAACGGCCCUCCGGCUCUGGUUCGUCCACAUCGCCUGCUAGACAUAAAGGAUCCCCCUCCUCCUCCCUUCACCAGCCUCCCUCCAACAAACGGCCCAAGCCCUCCGCGUCAGAAGGAAUCGCUCCACAGGAUCAUAGGCUCAGCACGGGUGAGUUCACCUGUGUGUUGUGCGGUGAGGAGUUUGAGAACCGCAAAGGCCUAGCAAGCCACUCCCGCUCUCACCUGCGCCAGCUCGGCGUCACCGACCUCCUGGGCAAGGCGUCGGCCAUCGACACGGUCCAGCAGCUGGUCAGCAGCGGCGUGCUUGCGGCUGCUGCAUCGGUACGACCCAGUAACACAACCACCAAGACCCCUUCUCAGUCUCCAGCCCCAGCCAGGUCUCCAGCUAGAUCCUCAGCUAACGCCCACCUCAGCCCCCUGGCCUCCAGCCACAAUCCCAGGUCCAAGGCCAAGAAGGGCUCCACCCUGGUCUAUCCCAAGCCGGAGCCCCUGGAGAUGGAGCUGGAUGUGGGGUUCUCCAGUCCGCUUGGGGGAUACAGCAGCAGUAAUGGAUCUCAGGGUUCUCAGAAGUGGGCCAAAAAUGGCCAGUCCUUUAACUCCGGUUCAGACCAGGAGCUCAUGAUCACCUGUGAAUUCUGUGGCCAGUUCUUUGACAGCCGCAAGGCCCUGUCCUGCCACGCCCGCUCCCACCUGCGCCAGCUGGGAGUCAUGUGGUCUGUCAACGAGUCGCCCAUCGACUUGCUGAGAGACAUCCUGCUGAAGGAGGGCAGUGCCAAUGCCACCCAGGUCAAGAGGGAGCCAUCGUCCUCUCACUCCAGCACCGACCCAGCCUGGGCCAAUCACAGGAGGUCUCGGAGCCUUCGUGGGCUCCCCAGGGCUCUAAGAGGACUUUCACUCCUCCACUGGACUACUCCCUCAACGACAAGCCUUCCCCUGAUAAGAAUGGAUCCUCUCAGUCUGCCGGGGAUGCGUGCUGUGAGCUGUGCGGCUUUGACUUUGAGAACCGCACGGCGCUGGCGAGCCACGCCCGGGCCCACCUCCGCCAGCUGGGGGUUAAGGAGUGGAGGGCAGAGGGUGUGAAGGCCUCCCCCAUCGAGUUGCUCAGCGCCUGGAUCCAGAGGCAGCCCCACAAGGCCGCGGAGAUCCACCGCCAGUACCGUAACGGUGACCGCAACAUC